AUGGCUUUGCGUCCGUCAGGUGUAGAGGUUACCGCGGAUCAACUGCAACAAGACAUGAAAGAAGCAGAGAUCGCGCAUCUAAAGAACCAGCUUGCUUCAACUGAAUCUGAGGUUGAAAGGCUGCAGUCCGCGAACAUGCGACUGAGCAUGCAAUUGCGCGAGACUCAGAAUCUGCUGUGGAACAAUGUGUCCGAUGAGGGGAUGAUGUCUCAGCUGCUGGAACUCCAAAGCUUCAUUUGGAACGCUGAUGUUGAGAAUACCCUACAGGCAAAAGAGCGGUUGCUUGACGCCGCAGGUUUCAGCAACAUUCUGUUGGUUGAGUUGAAACAAAUACAAGCGAAUGUCUUUGCCCUGAGGGAUUCAACAGUGUUUCUCUCCGAAGAGAAUGCACGGAUGAAGGAAGAGCUGAACAUGCUAACUGCUGAGAAUUAUAAAUUGAAAGAAGACUUCGAAAGAUUCAAGAAGACCGCUGAUGAUGAAAGGGUUGCCCUUCUGCAAAAAUUGCAGGAGUACAAAGGGAAUUUCUUAGCUUUUGCUCCUGGAAGUCACGAUGAAGAUAAUCAUUCUUUGGAGUUAGGACAUAAUCGCUAUACAGAGAUGCCACUGUUGGUGGAGUAUGGUGAACUCUCACAAUCACACAUGGACACCUCGGCUGAGGUAGAUGCGACCCACGACAGUUGGUCGAGCGAUGGCGAGGUAGGAGCUCUGGAACAGCUUGCAGACAAUUACAUCGGGUUUCAUGCUGCUGGCUUUUCUGUUGCACAGGUUGCCGACCAGCUCAAGGAUGAGCAGUUCGAGUCGCUGGCAGGAUCGGGGCCUCCAGUUGUUCCCGAGCUGAAUGUCGGGGCAGCAGCAGCAGCAGCAGCAGAUAAGCUGCCUCCUACGUCUUCAGCUCUGACUGAGCGAAUCCGAGAUGACGUCACGGAAAUUCUCAACCUCACACGCCAGUGCGAUCUACAUAUCAUGGCAUUAAGGAAUCUUCAGAGGGAGACGGUGGGCCAGAUACAACAGAACAGUGAAACACAGAUUGCCAGGUCUGGAAGCGACCGAGCAGCAGUGUUGGCUGAUGCUGAUAGCCUUGAAAGCACUGCCGUGAAUCAUCCGUCUUGGUCAAACAUCAGCCAGACAAGAGACGGACAAGACCAUCGGCGUGAUCUCAACCAGAUCCGCGAUGGAGGACAGACAACGAAGUCACAAGCCGAACUUGAACUACAAAAAUUCAGCCACAUUUUGGAGGAGUGCGACAACCAAUCAGAAGAGCUUCAACAAGAGCAGGAGAAAAUGUUAGCAGAGAUAAAACGGCUACGGGAGGAGCUGGCGAGGCUGGAAGCAGAGCGAGGCAGCGGAGGAGGCAGCGGAGGAGGAGGGAGGACAGGGGAGGCGAACCCGUUCGACGACCUACUGCUGGACUUUGGGGACAAGGAGGAGGCAGGGAGAAGCGCGGGAGGGCCGGAAGGGACGGAAGGGGGAGGAGGGGAGAGGGGGCUCGGGGAUCUGCUCGGGCUCGGGGAGGACGGGGGAGAGGCAGGCGGGGACUUUGGAAAGGAAAGCAAAAGAGAAAAUCAACAUCAAAUUUUUGGGGAGAGCAAGUUUGAGAGGGUUCUGCUAGGAAAGGGAUGGAAUGAGGGUAUAGAACAUGACCCAGGUGCAACUCAUAAGAAUCAUAACGAAGAAAAUGGCGUGCAAGAAAAAGAAGCAAAGUCUGAUGCAGACAAGCUCGAACAAGAACAAUUGUUCGAAAUUGAGAAGAAGAAACAAGCAGCUGAAGAAGCGGCGGCGGUAGAGGCGGCGAUAGCAGAGCUAGCUACGAGCCUGGGGAGGCUGGAGGGGCAGGUAGAGGCAGGGCUGCAGGAGGCGAGGCGGCAGCGGGAUCAGGACCGGGAGGAAGCAGCAAGGCGGGAAGGAGGAAGGGCGAUGGCACAUGCGGCGGCGGAGGCUCACGUGGGGAGCGUGUGGGAGGUCCUGGAAGAGCGGGGGCUGGGGGAGGGAGGGACGAGGGCGGAGGAAGGAAGGAGCUUCGGAGGGGAGAUACGGAUCGAGCUGAAGAUAGACGGAGGGGCGGUAGAGGCGGCGGCGGUAGAGGCGGCGAUAGCAGAGCUAGCUACGAGCCUGGGGAGGCUGGAGGGGCAGGUAGAGGCAGGGCUGCAGGAGGCGAGGCGGCAGCGGGAUCAGGACCGGGAGGAAGCAGCAAGGCGGGAAGGAGGAAGGGCGAUGGCACAUGCGGCGGCGGAGGCUCACGUGGGGAGCGUGUGGGAGGUCCUGGAAGAGUACAGAGAGAGCGUGAGGGAGCUGGAGGAGGAGCAGAAGGGGAUGGAGGAGGAGAUGGGGAGGCUACGGGAGGAGCUGGCGAGGCUGGAAGCAGAGCGAGGCAGCGGGGGAGGAGGAGGAGGAGGAGGAGGAGGGAGGACAGGGGAGGCGAACCCGUUCGACGACCUACUGCUGGACUUUGGGGACAAGGAGGAGGCAGGGAGAAGCGCGGGAGGGCCGGAAGGGACGGAAGGGGGAGGAGGGGAGAGGGGGCUCGGGGAUCUGCUCGGGCUCGGGGAGGACGGGGGAGGGGCAGGCGGGGGCUGGGGGAAGGGAGGGACGAGGGCGGAGGAAGGAAGGAGCUUCGGAGGGGAGAUACGGAUCGAGCUGAAGAUAGACGGAGGGGCGGUAGAGGCGGCGGCGGUAGAGGCGGCGAUAGCAGAGCUAGCUACGAGCCUGGGGAGGCUGGAGGGGCAGGUAGAGGCAGGGCUGCAGGAGGCGAGGCGAAAGACUGCACAUUGCACGAUCGUUGCAUCGUUGAGUGGACGGAACCUCUCGCGUCUCGAAGGUUGUUUGUCGUCACUUGUGCUGGAUCUUGCGGGGCUGAGGUCUGAGAUGAAAGCGAACGUGAAUGAGGUAGCGGAGACUCUUUCUCUGCUCUUCUCGGACAACUUGACCCUUGUCGACCUGCUCGAAAAGAGUGAAAGUUCCCUUGAGAUCGCCCUCACAAAACUUGAAGACUCUUACAGGAAGCAUCAGUCCGAUGGCAUGUUUGAUUCAGUUUCUGCGCUGUCCGUUACAGCCAAGCUUGAGGAGAGCGAGCCUGUCAGGUUGGAGGAGGGCAAGGGGGUCAGUGCGAUCGAGGGGGAGGACGUGAACUGCUUGUGGAGCAUGGACGAGGAUCUUUCAAACCUUGAGAACAAGAUGCUCGACCUUCGCUUCGAGCACGAGUACUCAAUGCAGCAGCUGCGGUCUCCCAACCCCAACGGCACUUCGGUCGCCUUCCCCUCUGUGGACGGGGAGGUUUCGCGGGUAGGGAGGAGGGAAAGCAGAGAGGAGGAGAGGAGGACGAGUCUCGACUUGGACGAGGAUGAUCACGCGGCAAGGCAAGUCAUGGGCGCGAUCGCGAGCAUCCGCAUGGAAGUGAUGGGAGGGGAGGGAGGGAGCGGCUCAAGCGAUCUGAUGGAGAAGAUCCUCAACGUGUUUGUGCACGUCGAGAAUAUCCUUCACAGCUAUCACUCGCGCUUCCUCUACCUCAAGACCCACCAGAGGAAGACGGAGCGAGAGCUCGCAGUCCAGCUGGAGCAGAGCUACAGCAUCCUCCAGCACCUGCAAGACGAGAAGUCCGUCCUCCUGUCACAGCUGGAGGCGGCCGAGGAGUCCAAGGCUGCGACGGAGAGCAUGACCAAGGAGCUGGCUGCCCUGGCGCAGGAGCUGCACGCUAAGCUGAGAGAAUCUUCGAUGCGUGAGCAGAGCUGGAGGGACGCGAGCAGCAAGUUGACGGAGAUCGUUCGGAGCCUCGAGGCUGCCGCCAUCUCUCAGCAGGAGAUGCUCAACCUGUGCCACUGCCCGUGCGCCUGCUGCGGUAGCAUCUCCUGCCAGUGCGAGACCUCCGCUCCCCCUGCCCCUGCUUCAGCUCCUCCAUCAGCUCCUCCCUCAGCUCCUCCCUCGAUCAACCGCGGGGAGUGGGAUCGCCUUCAAGAGCAGCUGCAGCAGGAGCAGGAUCGUGUUGUCCAGCUCAAGGCUGAGCUGCCGCGCAUCGAGUCGGAGAUGGGGGAUGCAAGUCCCGACCCUCACCGGCCGCCGCAUCUUGUCACCCCAGAGGUCAGCGCGAGUUUCGUCAUGGCAGAGUCACGAGCCAUGAAGCUCGAGUCCUCCCUCAUGAGCCUCUUCGACAGCCCUCGUGCUGCCCAUGGCGGCGCCCUCCUCCCCCCUCCACCUCCUGCUGGGGUUACUGCUGGGGAUGCAGUUGGCCUGGAGCAGCUCAAGGCGCUGCAUGCUAACACGGUCAACGUCAUGCUGUUCGAGCUCGAAUCUCUCACAGCCAAGGUCAAUCGAGCGAUUCACAUGUUCGCGGGAAGGAAGAGAGACGCGCAGCGGGGCGUUAGGAGGCAGGGGAGCACGAGCAGCACGCAGAGUUUGCAAUUCGUGAUCUGA